AGUGAUGAAAGGCAGGGCCCUCACUUCCUCUUUCUGAGCAGCACAGGGUGUCACCAGACAGGAGCAGUCCUUGCCGGAGAGCCUGAAGCAAACAUGGAUCAGGAAACCGUGGGCAAUAUUGUCCUGUUGGCCAUUGUCACCCUCAUCAGCGUGGUCCAGAACGGGUUCUUUGCCCACAAGGUGGAGCAUGAAAGCAAGACACAGAAUGGGCGGAGCUUCCAGAGGACGGGAACACUUGCCUUUGAACGCGUCUACACUGCCAAGAUCUCCAGCAGGCUUGCAGCCAUGCUGACCCACCUUGACCAUGGCCCAGUGAGACCCAUUUGGACUUCUGACCUCCAGAUGAUUUGUCUUGUUUUAAGCCCUGAUGUUUGGGGCUACCUGUUCCAGCAGCCGCAGAAAACGCAUGCAGUCACCCUGCGCGCUCACACGGCUGCGCCAAAACUGUGUGGACGCGUACCCCACGUUCCUUGUCGUGCUCUGGAGCGCAGGGCUGCUCUGCAGCCAAGUUCCCGCCGCCUUUGCUGGCCUGAUGUACCUGUUCGUGAGGCAAAAAUACUUCGUCGGCUACCUGGGGGAGAGAACUCAGAGUUCUCUUGAGUAACAGAUUUUCCAGGGACCAGCAGGAAGAAUGUUGCAAAAAUAGGACGCACGAACACUCAGAGGACGGAGCCUGUGAAUAGAGUCCCCGUUGCAUGGCUGAUGGAGGCUGCCAGACGGAAAGCCCCAGAGCAGCAGCUAUAACUUUGGCUACACCCGGUUUGGGAAAUCCGGAUUUCCAUAAAAUAAAUGAGGAUACUUACAGGAGACAUGUUAUAGUCUACCACCAGUUCCUCAGGAUUCUUGUUAGAAUGUUUUUUAUUUAUUUAUUUUUUGAGAGAAAGAGAGAGAGAGAGAGAGUGAGCAGCAGAGGGGCAGAGAGAGAGGGCGAGGGCGAGAGAGAAUCCCAAGCAGGCUCCGCGUGGCCAGCGCAGAGCCCGAUGUGGGGCUUGAACUCGUGAACCGUGAGAUCGUGACCUGAGCUGAAAUCAAGAGUCGGGCACUUAACUGACUGAGCCACCCAGGCGCUCCCACUUCUUUCGAAUUCUUAACGUACCAGCAGCUCCAGGAGCCAGGCGUGUGUUCUGGGAGGCUGCCGCCUGCCCGAGUGGUGACUCCAGCCCUCCCCUCCAUUUUUCUCCCUUGUCUAGUUUCACGUACCCCCCUGUCUCUUACGAUAGCACCCUCCUCUCGCGGUUAAUGGGCUCUCCGUUUAGAUAACAUCUGCAGCGGUGACAAAGGCAUUGACAUCCUGGGAGGUCGGCAGGUGAAAGCAUUCUAUCUGGGGACCUUGGGAGCCUGUGAAACUAAAUGGCUGGGGGCUGGGGGGUGAUGGCGAGCUGCAGCCAGGAGAAGAAUGACUCGUCUCUCAGAGAUUCUUUCCUGGGCUCGUCUGCUAUUCAUUCCUCUCUAGUGGGGUUCUUAUUUACCCUUGAAAACCACAGUUCCAUUAUCUCUCUUACCCUUAUCAACACUCUCAUAAAUGAUAUUCCUCAUUCUCUUCCACUCUGGAAAGCCUCUAUUCCGCCUUUUCCCGGGAGAGCACCUGUUGUCAAGAAGCGAGGGGUGGUGGGGUGUCUAUCAGUAAAAUAAGGGGGUUCUGCUCUCUUGGGCUGCCUCCCCGUGCAUCCCUGUCUUCCUCCACAGAGUCUUCGGGGUCUGGCCCAGUCACUGUUCUCUUCGCCUGUCACCUCUCGCCUGAGAUCUUAAAGUCGCUUUAAUUCUAAGACAAUCUGUGGAGCAUGACAACAUUUGUUGAUUUGCCCGUAGGCUCUCUGCAUUUUAAAGGUAAUCACUGCUAGGGAAUGAACCGAGGUGGCAAAAAAUAAUAAGAUCUAGACUUAAAAUCUUAAAAAUACUAGACUUCCCUGGACCUCAUUAAAAUGUAAUUGGCCUAACGUCUUAAAUCCUGUCCUAGUCUCCCCCGUGAGAUCCCACCGGCCCCUUUACCACUGUCUGUGGUGCCUUCAGAGCCUUCUCACCUGUCCCACACCCACAGCCUUCAUUACUCAUCCAUCACGGUGCUCCUUCCUGCUGAGACCAAACACGGCCUCACAACACUUCUGAACACAGAGUUCGGAGCUAUUGGCAUCAGGAGAAAUGACAUCUAUGGGAUGAAAUGUCUAAUCCUAAUCUAGACCGACAUAUAGUUUGAGGUAGAUGCAACCCCGAGAGCCUCUAUGGCUAGGUCCAAGAGGAUUUUCAAUUCUGCCUUCUGGAAACUAUGUGCUAAUACCCUCUUCCGCCGUGGACCCCCUCUUUCGGAUCCCCAGUUCCGUCCCUGGGCCGUGUCGCACUUGUUCUCUGCAGAUGCUCUAAUGGCCAAAUGUCUUCGGGAUCUGCUUUAGUUCUUGGGCUCACCAUAGAGGAAGAUACUGCUCAGGGAGACCCUUCCAGGAAUUUCUCCCAGGGGCUGUCAAUCAUCUUUGCUCCUCCCCAGAAGUUGCUUUGGCCCUAUCCACAUCAGAAGUUCUAGUGUCAUUUUGGGUGCAGUGGGUGGGCAUGACAUUCCUUGAUGUGUCUCCCCCACCGAAGCUUCUUCCUUCUGGAAUUUUGGAGCCCCCACCUUUGUCCCUCCUAGAAGCUUAUGGCUCUGAUUCUCAGCCCCACAUCCUACUCCCUGACACUUUUCUUCCUGUUUUGAUUAGGUAGUUUGUAGCAUCUCAAACCACGUGAAUUUCAGGGGCGCCUGGAUAGCUCAGUAGGUUAAGCGUCCGACUCUUGAUUUCAGCUCAGGUCUCAGAUCUCAGAUCUCAGGGCCGUGAGAUCGAGCCCUGUGUUGGGUUCUGUCCUGACAGCAUGCAGCCUGCCAGAGAUUCUCUUUCCCUCUGUCUCUCUGCCCCUCCCCUGCUCACUGUCUGACUCUCAAAAAAAAAUGAAUUUUAGUUUCUUCCCCUUUCAUUCUAAGCUACUAUCGGGACCCAAACUCAGCGGCAGUUGGCAUUAUAUUACAAGACUGCUUGCCUUUUAUCAUCUACCUUUACUUGACUUUUUAAAAAAAAAUGUUUAUUUAUUUUUGAAAGAGAGAGAGAGAGAGAAAGAGAGAAAGAGAGAGCAUGAACAGGGGAAGGGCAGAGAGAGAAAGAGACAUAGGCUCCAGGCUCUGAACUGUCAGCACAGAGCCCGACGCGGGGCUCGAACUCACGAACCGUGAGAUCAUGACCUGAGCCGGAGUCGGACGCUUAACCGACUGAGCCACCCAGGCGCCCCUCAAGGCUGGUGUUUCUAAAGUCCAACCCACCAACCAACAACCAAGUGCACCAAGAAUUGCCUGGGGGUGCUUGUUAAAAAUAGACAUUCCUGGGCCUCACCCUCAACGUACCGAAUCAGAAUCUCUAGGGUGGGAGCCUGGGAGUAUGCAUUUUAACAACUUCUGCACACAGUGUGGGAAUCACUGAAGGCUGUUCAUGCCUCUUUUCUGAGAAUGAUUCAUUUGACAAAAAUCUCUGGAGGGCCUGAUUUAUUGGAGAUAUGUGGGUGAGCAGAGGAACAAUAUCUUGUUCUCGUGGGCCUUACAAUUUUUAUUCCCUUUAGAAGUUACCGGGUUUAAAGUGGUAUUUCCUUUCUGAAAAGAACAGAAUUUUAAGGCCAGAUGGGACCAUGCAGUUUUAUUUUUCCACCCACAUUUUAUAUAUAUUUUUAUGUGAGGCGGGGGAGGGUCAGUGACUUGCCCAAGGCCACACAGCAGGGAGCGGGGGCUGGAGCUCAGGGGUCCUGGUGCCUGGCCCCAGCUACACCUCACACCACACCUCCUCCUCCUCGAAGUUUUAGGCACAUUCGAGAUGGGAAUUGUCUGUCAUAAUGCCUUUUUGAAUUUUUUAUUUUAUUUUAUUUAUUUUUGAUAGAGAGAGAGCACAA